AUGGCAUCUCGAGGAUUUCCAGGGAAAAAUCGCGCCUCAUCUAGCGCUGUCGACGGAGCGUCCUCCGGUGCGCUUGAGACCGACGACUAUGGAUCUCUGGACCAUCAGAUCGACUCGAAUCUAUCUGAUCAGGAUGUUAUUCAGAUCUUUCAAGCUUCUUUUGAGGCAGGAGAUAGAUCGGCGUGUGAAAAGCUUCUCUUCGAAAAGGCUGAAGCCAUCACUGGAAUGGAUAGCCCAUAUCAGUGGAUACAAGAUCUCUCGACCCUCGAACUGAGACGGCCAGAAGUUUUGGAUCUCAUGUAUGAGGCGCAGCGGGAAAGUCCUUGGAUCCACUAUAAAGAUUCAUCUCUCGGGGUGACGACCAUACCCAUAACAGACCGGUCUUCGAAUCUCUUGGUAUUGCCUGAGCGCACGCCAUCAAAGUCCGAAGUCGAACGGACUAUAGCAGGUGUAUGCGGCCUUGGUGGAAAAAUUCCCCAUAGCUUUGGUGGUGAUAUUCUGGGGUAUGACGUGGUUGUCCUUUCCGAUGUGCAAAGAGCCAAGAUAUCAUACGGAAAGAUCGGUACCGAAUUCGUGGCUCGAAACAUCGAACUUCAAGGUGUUUCUGUAAGAUGUAACGGUGCUUUGGAACGUCUCCAAACUCUCUACGAUCAUGAGCUCGAGGUACAAGCUCGUCCGAUACCUUUCAUCCUCGUAGAAGACUUGUUGACGAGUAUGCGAGAAAUGGAUCUGGGUCCCCAUCACCACGUCACAUAUCCUGAAAUAAGAGCUGCCGAGGCUGCUGCUACCAACGUGCUGAGACUGGUCUGUCCUUCACACUUCGACAAUCACUCAUACACUGAACUGAGUGACAUCCUCGAUCUUUGCGCUCUGGCCGUACAACUACUCUGCGUUGCCAUUCUAUCAUUCGGCCAAGCUCAUGUCGGGAAGAUCGAUCCGUUCUUCUUGGAACAUCCACUCACGCAAAUAUCACUUCUUGGUGCUCAUGGUUCUUGUGCAGGUUCUCUAUCGAUCUCACUCCAAAUGAUCGAAUUGAGCUGUGCAGGAGACAUGGUACAAUCUCCAGUCAUGGCAUUCACUACUGGAGACAACUCUUCACAGACGAGUUACGACAUCCUUAUAAAGCCUUAUGACCUCCUGACUUUGUGGGGUCCGGGGUCCCUCAUACCGUGCAUUACAACAAUGGGCAGAUCGUGGGUGCAAGGGAUUGUGAUGAAAGGAGGCAUCGUGUACCAGCCAUCUGCCGACUCUACCAUGCUACAUUGGGAGCCUGGUACAGCAGACGACGCACGAAAGGGGGUUCUGUUCCGACAUGAUUUGGAAAUGGCGGUCAGACUUGGUGGCUUCGACAAGAUCAACACUCAAUGUCCUGGUGUUCCGGAUCCUUACAAUGCAGUACCUACGAUGAAUAUCCGUAGUAUCAUCGAAGAGCUCGGUACAUGGCCCGAGAAAUGGGAAGUGCGGGAAAGGCAGGUCGGCGUCCAAGGCGGACAGUUCUUGAACGCAACGCUGAACGCGACUUAUAUCAAGUCUGACUCUUGCACGCGCAAAAAAAGAGCGCUCCAGCGACUCGAUCUGAGGGCACUGGAAAAGCCCUGGGGUAUUCUCAUUAGUUCAGCGGAUUGGAAAGCCUUGAUGUCAAUUGGAGAUGGGGUGCUCGAGGAACUACGCAACCCCAACUUUCUUGCAUGGAUCGAUGUAUUGCGCCCUGAACAGUACGAAGCACUUACUCGUAUUGUCACUCACGUGCUUCGAAAGCUAUACUGGACUGGUAUGAACGACGAGAAUGAGCUCAUCGCUGCAUGUCCUACCAUCGACGAUCCUGACGGUUGCAUUCACAUCCCCAUGGACGCCUGCAAGGCAUUCGCAAGCAUUCUGGAAGACACAGAGAGGUCUGCAACUUUCGCUUGCCUGACUACCAAGUGUUUCGAAAUGCUUUCGUACAAGUGUCAAACAUCACUCAAACCAAAAUGGCAAAGGCAAAUCCCCGCAUUGGUUACCACCGUCUGUCAGUACCGAUGGCUAGGAGCGAACCAGUGGGAGAAGAUGUCUGGAAGUGACUUGCAGGAUGAUUGCUCCUAUUGGAUGGGUUCAUCUUCAGACACGCGAAGACUGACUGCCGAAGUACUAAGCCCUCAAUCGCCAACCAAACUGAGGUUCUCGAACGGACCGACAAAUUGGCGCUACAUGCGCAGAGCUUGGGAGCGUUACGAGAAAAUCAGACAAGUUCAGCUUGUGCAACUUCGUGAGAGGACUACAAUGACGGAAGAUUCUGCGACGGAAGUGAUCAUUCUUGGCGAGUAG